CAGAGCACCAGACACCACAUUCACCGACGAAGCAAGAGACGGUCGAUGCCUGUUACAGAGAUUUAUCUUUCUUCUCAUUCAGAUUCCUCGUAGUACCCGGAUUGAGUGAGAUCUGGAAUUUUGGACUUUAUCGCACAACAUACACUCGCUUUUAACAGCCACGACUGCAUCUAGAGCUCGAAGAAAUCCAAGACACAAGUCCUGAACAAGAAUCUCCGAAACUUCGUUACCAUGUCGAACAGCAGAAAGUUUUUCGUCAUCGGAAACUGGAAAAUGAACGUGACCAAAGCCAAGAUUGACUCCAUUGUGAAGACUAUGUCCAAUGCAUCAAUGGAUCCUAACACAGAGGCUGUCGUCGGCUGCCCUUCCUGCUACCUGACUUAUGCCCGCCAGGAGCUGCCUUCCGAGAUCAGUGUGGCUGCCCAAAAUUGCUACAAGGUUUCCCGCGGAAACUUCAGCGGAGAAAUAUCUCCGGAGAUGAUUCAGGAGUGCGGGGGUGACUGGGUCAUCAUCGGGCACCCAGAAAGGAGGACCAUUUUUGGGGAAACCGACGACUUCAUCCAGGAGAAGAUGGCUCAUGCUCAGCAGACUGGCAUCAAAGUGAUCGCUUGUGUUUGCGAGACACAAGAGGAUCGUGAGCAGAACCUGACGGAGGAGGUGCUGCAGUCCCAGAUGGCGUCUUUGGCCUCUGCCAUCACCGACUGGUCUCGAGUAGUGUUGGCCUUCGAAGCCCUUUGGGCCAGUAACACGGGAGUGCUGGCCACGCCCGCUCAAGUUCAGGAGGUUCUGGCCAUGAUGAGGAGGUGGCUCAGGGAGAACGUCAGUGACAAAGUGGCCAACAGCACCCGAAUCCUGUACGCAGGGUCUGUGUCGUCCUCCAACUGCCAACACCUGGCCUUGUUGCCAGAUCUCGACGGGUUCCUGGUGGGCAGCGCUGCCCUCAAGUGCGAUAUCGUUGACAUCAUCAACUCCAGAAGAUCUCAUGUGUCCCAGAUCAUCGAUUCCUCUACCUCUCAGAUGUCCACUAUGACGCUUUGAAAUCUUAUCAACAUUUAUCUACCACAAGAUGCGCUCACCUCUCGUCAAGGCAGCUUUUGCAGAGGUUGGCCUUAUUCAUCUGCCCUGUUAUUAGUAAUUUCGUUAAGUGCAUAUUACUGCAAUUAGUAUAUGUCAUGUUAAAUGAUUAAUAUUUUUUGUCACAUUUCUAUUUUUAUAAGAUGUUUAUCCAACUUUCCGUGAAAGUUUGUAUCUGUCUACUUGUACUUUAAUAAACAUAAAAGUAUUUAA